AUGGAGAGGCCAAGGAAGCUCAUCAGAGCAUCAGUUUACAGGUUUCUUCAGAAUUAUCAGUUCUUCACCUCGAUUGCAGCUGUCCUGGCAUUCCCAUAUGCCAUCUCUGUUCUUCUUUCUCAGGCUCUUCUUCUUCCUUCCUCUUCUCUUCUUCCAUUUACUUCCAAUCACUUGAAAACUCUCUUUGAUGCAGCUGGGUUCCCCACUUCUUCAAAAUUCUUCUCAGUUCUCAUUCUAAAGCUCUCUCAAACCAUAGCUUCAUCCAUCUAUUCUCUACCCUUUUCUCUUACCUUCCUUCUGAUUUCUAAGGCCUCUGUAAUUCAAGCUCUCAAUCAGCAGAAACCCAAUUUGCUGCCUUCGUUUUCUUCCAUUGUAGCCCUUUACGAUCCUCUUUUUAUAACCCAUCUCUGCAAUUUCUUCGUCUUCGUCUCUGCCAAUGCAACAGUGUUUUUUCUGCUCUUUUUCGCCUUUAAUUGCCUCGAGGGAUUUGGGUAUUUUUCCCUCAAUUGCCUCCUUUUGGUUUCAGCUGCUGGGGCUUUUCUGUAUUCAGUAGUAAUUGCCAAAGCCAUCAUAAUAUGUAAUUUAGCUUCGAUUUUGUCGGGUAUGGAGAGGAGUGGAGGAUUCAUAGCGAUUCUCAAGGCUUGUGUUUUGAUUCAGGGGAGCAGCGCCACGGCGCUGUCGGUGGCCCUGCCUUUCAAUCUGGGCAUGGCAGCCAUCGAAGCCCUGUUCCAGUACAGAGUAGUACAAACUUACCAUGUGAGGGAGAGAUUGGGAGCUUCGAUGGUGGUGGAAGGAAUGUUUGUCGCCUAUUUGUACUCGGUUUUUGUGGUGCUCGACGCCAUUGUUAAUACCAUGUUCUACAAAAGUUGCAGAGCGGGUUCUCGAAUCUCUAUUUGGAUGGAUAUUGCUGAGAAGGACAAUGAAGUUCGCAACCAAUUGAAGGAUCUGGAAGAACUUCCAUGA